AUGGUAUUUUCUGCCUUGAACGAACUUGGUGAUUCCAUCAUCGCAUGGGCUGAUCCCGACAGUGCCUUUGGAGGCUACACAAAGGGAUGGCCUUUGACCGACUUUGCUUCGGCAAUUAGUAUCGCUAUCGCGUACUUCUUGUUUGUUGUUAUCGGUUCCCGUGUUAUGGAGAAGCGGGAUCCAAUUGAUCCUUAUCCGAUCAAAUUCCUAUACAAUGUUUCACAAAUUAUGCUUUGUGCCUACAUGACAAUCGAGGCCAUUUUACUUGCGUACCGCAGCGGCUACAGCGUCAUUCCUUGCAACCCUUACAGUCAAGAGAACCCUCCUCUAGCAAGACUAUUGUGGCUUUUCUACGUUUCUAAGGUCUGGGACUUCUGGGAUACUAUUUUUAUUGUGUUGGGAAAGAAAUGGAGACAACUUUCUUUCCUUCAUGUCUAUCACCACCUUACCAUUUUCAUGUUCUACUGGUUGAACGCCAAUGUGCUUUAUGAUUCCGAUAUUUUUCUCACCAUUGCGUUGAACGGAUUCAUCCACACGGUGAUGUACACUUACUAUUUCAUCUGUAUGCACACCAAAGACACCAAGACUGGAAAGUCACUUCCCAUCUGGUGGAAGUCUUACUUGACACUUCUUCAAUUGAUUCAAUUCGUGACUAUGAUGUCGCAAGGAACAUACUUAUUUACCAGUGGAUGCGAUCAGCUUUCUGUUCCCAUCGCAAAAGUCUACGUUGGAUAUAUCUUCUCUCUUUUCCUUCUGUUUCUCCAGUUUUACAUUCAAUCAUACAUGAAGCCCAAGAAGAAGAAGGUUACUUAA